GUGAAUAUUACAAAAUUAAAAAGAAAAAGUUUCUCUUUCCCUUAUAAAUAAGCACACCGAUAUAUGUACCACAACAACUCCAACUUCUUUUUUCUCCCUAAUUUUCAUCACUUCACAAUGAAAUUAUACAUUGUAUCUCUCAUUUCAACUACUACUCUCUUAUGGCUUACAACACUCGUUUCAACUGUCGCAUCAACUCAGCCACCUUUUUCAUGUGACUCAACUAAUCCACAAACAAAAUCGUUAAAAUUUUGCCAAACACAACUUCCAAUUAGUGUACGUGCGCAGGACGUUGUAUCUCGACUUACAUUAGAUGAAAAAAUUGCACAACUGGUUAACUCAGCACCUGCUGUACCGAGACUGGGCAUACCGGCUUACGAGUGGUGGUCUGAGUCGUUGCACGGCGUUGGUUCUGCUGGCAAAGGUAUUUUUUUCAAUGGGAGUAUUAUUGGAGCCACCAGUUUUCCACAAGUUAUUCUUACUGCUGCUACUUUUGAUGAAAACCUAUGGUACCGCAUUGGUCAGGUGAUAGGAAUGGAGGCAAGGGCAGUGUACAAUGCAGGGCAAGCAGUAGGUAUGACAUUUUGGGCACCAAAUAUAAAUAUAUUUAGGGACCCAAGAUGGGGAAGAGGUCAAGAGACACCAGGGGAGGACCCAAUAAUGACAGGUAAAUAUGCAAUUAGGUAUGUGAGGGGAGUACAAGGUGACAGCUUUAAUGGUGGCCAACUCAAGAAAGGUGCUCUUCAAGCUUCUGCUUGCUGUAAACAUUUCACUGCUUAUGAUUUGGAUCAAUGGAAAAACUUGGAUCGUUUUAGCUUCAAUGCCAUUGUUACCCCUCAAGAUUUGGUAGAUACAUUUCAACCCCCAUUCCAAGAUUGCAUACAAAAAGCACAAGCUAGUGGAAUUAUGUGCUCUUACAACAGUGUCAAUGGAAUCCCAAGUUGUGCUAAUUAUAAUCUUUUGACAAAAACAGCUCGUCAACAAUGGGGUUUUCAUGGGUACAUCACAUCCGACUGUGACGCAGUUCAAGUCAUGCAUGACAACCACAAGUAUGGAAAAACACCAGAAGAUUCAGUAGCAUUUGCACUUAAAUCUGGCAUGGAUGUAGACUGUGGGGAUUACUUGAAGAAAUACACAAAAUCAGCAAUAACGCAGAAAAAGAUUUCAGAAGUUCAUAUAGACAGAGCUCUUCACAAUCUUUUUGCCAUAAGAAUGAGGUUAGGAUUAUUCAAUGGGAAUCCGCAAAAACAGAUCUUUGGAAACAUUAGUCCUAGCGUUGUUUGUGCUCCACAACAUCAAGAACUGGCCCUUGAAGCUGCAAGAAAUGGCAUUGUCUUGCUCAAGAACAGCGGCAAGUUGCUUCCUCUUUCCAAGGCGAAAACCAACUCUCUUGCUGUCAUUGGGCCUAAUGCUGAUAAUGCUUAUGUUCUUCGUGGGAACUAUGAUGGUCCUCCUUGCAUAUAUGUCGAAAUUCUCAAGGCGUUGGAGGGUUAUGUGAAAGUGCAGUACCAUCAGGGCUGCAAUGCGGUUAACUGCACGUCUGCUUACAUUGAUCAAGCUGUCAACAUUGCAAGAAAUGCAGAUUAUGUUGUUUUGGUCAUGGGGUUGGAUCAAGGUCAAGAGAGGGAACAAUUUGAUCGUGAUGACUUGGUGCUACCGGGGCAGCAAGAAAAUCUCAUUAAUAGUGUUGCUAAAGCUGCAAAGAAGCCUGUUAUAUUGGUGCUUCUUUCAGGAGGUCCAGUUGAUGUUAAUUUUGCGAAAAACAACCCCAAAAUAGGAAGCAUUUUGUGGGCUGGCUAUCCUGGUGAAGCUGGAGGAAUUGCUUUAGCACAAAUCAUAUUUGGUGAACAUAAUCCUGGGGGUAAAUUGCCUGUUACUUGGUAUCCUCAAAGCUUUGUCAAAAUACCAAUGACAGACAUGAGAAUGAGACCUGAUCCAAAAACAGGUUACCCCGGUAGAACAUAUCGAUUCUACAAAGGUCCAAAAGUAUACGAGUUUGGGUAUGGUCUUAGCUACACAACCUAUUCCUAUGAGUUCAACUCCGCCACUCCAAACACAAUCCAGUUAAAUCAAUUAUCAACUUCAAAGACAGUUGAAGGUUCAGGUUCAAUCCGUUAUACAUCCGUGGAUGAAAUAGGAAGUGACAACUGUGAGAAGGCGAAAUUCUCAGCUCAUGUUAGUGUCAGAAACUCAGGGGAAAUGGAUGGUAAGCAUCCAGUACUACUUUUUGUGAAGAAUGACAAAGCGCAAUACGGAAGUCCUAUCAAACAGUUAGUUGGAUUCCAGAGUGUGCGCUUGAAGGCGGGAGAAAAUUCUCAACUUGUGUUUGAGAUCAGUCCUUGUGAACAUCUUAGCAGCGCUAAUGAGGACGGAUUGAGGAUGAUAGAAGAAGGGUCGCGUUACCUUGUUGUUGGCGAUGCAGAGCACCCUAUUAACAUCGUGAUCUGAAACCAAAAAUGAAAUUGGUUGCAAAAAGUUAUUGUUACUAUUUUGAAUUUCAAGAAUCCUCUCUCAAUACCUACAGGAGUGGCAAUGUUGCAGCAGCAACAGCUAAAAUAUAGAUAUCAAGAUGAAUUUGAGCUAUUAUCUUUGUUGAUGUCUUGCUAGACAUUAACUUUAUUUUCUCUUUUUCUCAAGAAUCUGAGAAAGUGUAGGAGAAAGUCAAGUAUCAACCACAAGGGUUACCUGAUUUUACCUGUUACACAUAUGCAUUGUAGUUUCUGUUUGACUUGAAAAUGACAAUUCGGUGUAGCCUCAA